AUGUCUGUGAAGGUGCCAGUUGAAGAUAUUGAAUCUCAAUCAAAGUUGAAUCAAGAACAAGCACAAACUUUCAAUACCAUUCUCAAAAAGGUCAACUCAGAAACACCAGGGUUAUUCUUUGUAGAUGGGCCUGAGGGAACCGGGAAAACUUUCCUAUAUCGGGCAUUGCUGGCAAAGGUGAGACCAAAAGGUAUGAUAGCAUUGGCAUCUGCAACCAGUGGUGUAGCGACAACAAUAUUGCUUGGAGGUCAUACAACACAUUCAAGAUUUGGCAUACCACUACAAGCAAAUGAAACAACAAUGAAAAAUAUGUCAAAACAAGGUCGGGAAGCUAGACUAAGACAAGCAAAGUUAAUAAUAUGGGAUGAAGAACCCAUGGCUAAGCAACAAACAAUUAAAACAGUCGACAGAAGCUUUUGCGAUAUAAUGGAUAGUGCCAUACUUUUUGGAGGUAAAGUCAUGGUAUUUGGAGGGGACUUUCAUCAAGUUUUGCCUGUUGUACCAAAAUCUACACGCGCAGAGACGAUAGAUGCAAUCAUCAUGCCUUUUCGUAGAGCUAAUGCCAGAAAUGCGAAAGCCAGGAACGCAAACACAACUCCUCUAGUCCCAGAUCAAGAACUUUCAAAUUCAAAAUUCUGGAAUGUCAUUAAGAUGUUGGCUCAGAGCGUUGCCAACCAGAACAAUCAGCGGACUCCAUUUUUGGCAAAUGCUAAUGAUAGGUCAGCUGCAGCUUGA